AUGGAUGACGAUAACUUAAUUUUGAAUCUCGUGUUCCAAGGUUCCCCUUCAGAAAAUACGAGCAUUCGGUCGAAAAUAAAAGAAGUACGCGGAGGUUGGAAAGAAAAAAAUAAAGUCCGCAAGUCUUUGAAAAAGAAUGCCACGAAUUCUCAUAAAGUUGACGUUGUGAAAGCAGAGAACAAAGAAUCAGAAAAGUUUAAUGAAAAAUCAAAUUUUAACAAAAAGAUACUUCCCGAUAAUAAACAGCGACAAAAGGGUGAAGAAAAUUUGCGUCCUUCGAAGGAAGAAUCAGGAACACUCGUCAAGAAACAUGUCAUAUCGUCAAUAUUCACGUAUAACCCCGAGAUUAUAGAUGUUAAAAGGGAUACCAACGCAUUACAACAAGCUCACGAUCAGCCUAGCAAUGCGCCUGUGAAAGGUGCGUCAACCUUCGUUGGCAUGGGGUUGGAUCACGAUCUGGUUUCUAAUAUGGAAGAAAAACUUGGUGUCGUGAAUCCUACAAACAUACAACGAAGAGCAAUCCCCAUCAUUAACAACGAUGGUGCCGACGUAGUAGUGCAAGCAGAAACCGGAUCUGGAAAAACUUUAACAUAUUUACUUCCAAUCGUUCAUCGUUUAAUGCGUGCCACAGCAGAUGUUAAAGACGCAUCCACAAUUUCCCGAUCUGUCGGAACUCUUGCCAUCAUAUUGGCGCCAACACGAGAACUGACGAGGCAAAUUCUUUCAGUUAUAAAUUCAUUAGUCGACAUACCGCCAUCAAAACUUGGCACACGUCACCUGAAACAUUGGAUAGUUUCCGGAUUGGUGGUGGGAGGCGAAAAGAGACAGUCCGAAAAGGCAAGACUUCGCAAAGGC